AAGUCUUUAAGGCUUAUUUCCUAAUUUUCACGUGGUAUACAUAUAUUUCACCCACUUCAAACCAAAGAAGAAAGAACAUUUGCGAAUCUAGAGAUUUCUGUGUGUUUCUCUCUUCGAUAUCACUCCCUCGUCGUUCCUGCAAAACUACAAGAAAGCUUAUUCAAAAACCCUAAAAUGGCCACGGUAAUGCAGAAGAUUAAAGACAUUGAAGAUGAGAUGGCAAGGACGCAGAAAAAUAAAGCUACAGCUCAUCACCUUGGGUUGCUUAAGGCGAAACUGGCAAAAUUACGACGAGAACUUCUGGAACCUUCAUCAAAAGGGGGAGGGGGUGGUGCUGGGGAAGGGUUUGAUGUUACAAAAAGUGGUGACUCUCGAGUUGGUUUAGUGGGGUUUCCUUCAGUUGGGAAGUCAACGCUGCUUAAUAAGUUAACUGGUACCUUCUCAGAGGUUGCUUCAUAUGAAUUCACUACAUUGACUUGCAUUCCUGGCGUAAUUGGAUACAGGGGGGCUAAAAUUCAGUUACUGGAUCUUCCAGGAAUUAUUGAGGGUGCAAAGGAUGGUAAAGGCAGAGGGCGACAGGUUAUCAGCACUGCUAGGACCUGCAAUUGUAUUUUAAUUGUUCUUGAUGCCAUAAAACCGAUAACUCACAAACGUCUGAUUGAGAAAGAGCUUGAGGGAUUUGGUAUAAGGUUAAACAAGGAACCACCUAAUUUAACUUUCAGGAAGAAAGACAAGGGUGGGAUCAAUUUCACUUCCACUGUUGCAAACACACAUCUGGACCUUGAAACCAUUAAGGCAAUAUGUAGUGAAUAUCGGAUUCAUAAUGCUGAUAUCUCACUUCGAUAUGAUGCAACUGCUGAUGACCUCAUAGACGUUAUCGAGGGAAGUAGAAAAUAUAUCCCCUGCAUCUAUGUUGUCAACAAGAUCGACCAAAUAACAAUUGAGGAGCUGGAGAUCCUGGACAAACUUCCUCACUAUUGCCCAAUAAGUGCCCACUUGGAAUGGAACCUUGAUGGUCUAUUGGAGAAGAUAUGGGAAUAUCUAAACCUCACUCGAAUUUACACAAAACCAAAGGGAAUGAACCCAGACUACGAUGAUCCGGUAAUCCUAUCGUCCAAGAGAAGGACAGUCGAGGAUUUCUGCAACAGAAUCCACAAAGACAUGUUAAAGCAAUUCAAGUAUGCUUUGGUAUGGGGCUCCAGUGUGAAACACAAGCCGCAGAGAGUUGGAAAGGAACACGAGCUUGAAGAUGAGGAUGUGGUUCAGAUCAUCAAGAAGGUGUGAUUAGUUUAGAGGUGAGUUUGUUAACCUUAGAAGGCAAUUUUCAACUGAGAAAGGAAAAAUCUAUAGAAUAUGGAAGGCUAUUUAUUUUGGAGUUUGAAGGAUCCUUACAGAGAGAAAAUAGAUGGGGUGCUGCCCUUAGAUUACCUGGUCCUGUUCAGUUGGUAUGUCGGUUUCUUCCCCAUUUGAGGAUAGGUAUGCUUCUGAGAUUUUCUGUAUGAAACUCUAUUACUCUACUAAUGUUUUGAUGUAUGAUUAUGUAGACAAAAAAGAAAAAACGUGAAACAAUUUAUGACAAAAAGUCCAUGAAGAACAUUAGCUGUUUGAGGCUGUGAAAUCACUUUGUUCUCACCUUUUCCUUCUUGGAAAUUUGAUGCAUUUUUUUCUAGGGUUUAGGUGUUAUGGCAUUAUAAUGUUUGGUAAGAUUAUUAGUUUCAAACUUUUUAUUUUCUCUGAUCUCCUUACAAGUGUUAGGUGUUAUUUCGUGUCGGUUUCAUUUUAAAGUCAUUGAAACUAUUCAGACUUCAA